AUGAACCCUCACAAAAUUUUACUAUUAAUUUUUAUUGCGUUAUGGCAACCUGCUGUGCAAUAUGCCUUUUUAAAUAGGUUUUACAGAAGCUAUCACGAACAAUCAUUGCGCACUCAGAUUGAAUCGCACAGCGCGAAGUACAAAUAUGAGAUUAAAACAAUUGAUAUGCCAGUGGAUCACUUUAGCUUCUCAGUAUUAGAUACAUUUAAAUUACGGUAUCUUCUAAAUAAUACGUGGCAAAAGACAAAAAAUGCACCUAUUUUCUUUUAUACUGGGAAUGAAGGUAACAUUGAAACUUUUGCUCAAAAUACAGGUUUUAUGUGGGACAUAGCACCAGAAUUUGGAGCUUUACUAAUUUUUGCUGAACAUCGUUACUAUGGAGAAUCUAUGCCUUACAAUAAUAAGUCUUAUGCAGAUUUGAAUCAUUUGGGAUAUUUAACAUCUCAACAAGCCCUUGAGGAUUAUGUUAAUCUGAUUCAAUAUUUGAGAUCUAAAUCAGAAUAUAAGCACAGUCCUGUCAUAGUUUUUGGUGGUUCGUAUGGUGGUAUGCUUAGUGCAUGGAUACGCAUGAAAUAUCCUCAUAUUGUACAAGGGUCAUUUAGUGGAGUUACAGAAUGUGAAGCUUUUCUACGCAUAGUUACAUCAGAUUUUAAAACAGCUCAUUCAAAUUGUCCAAAACUUAUUCGUAAAUCAUGGAAUGUUAUUCACAAUAUAACAUCAAGCGACAAAGGGAAAAAAUGGUUGUCAGAUAAUUGGAAGUUAUGUCAACCAUUAAAAAAUACAAGUGAUGUCGAGCAAUUAAUUUCUUAUUUGGAAGAUAUUUAUACAAACCUUGCUGUAGUAAAUUAUCCAUAUAAAGCCAAUUUCUUGGCACCAUUACCUGCCUAUCCUGUUAAUGCUGUAUGCAAACAUUUAACAAAUCAAUCACUCGCAGGAACAGAAUUGCUGACAGCAAUACACAAAGCAAUUAAUAUAUUCACUAAUUAUACUAGUGAAACAAAGUGUUUAAAUUUAAAUGAUUCUACACCUGAGCUGGGCGCUAUUGGAUGGUCUUUUCAAGCUUGUACAGAAAUGGUGAUGCCAAUAUGUUCAGAUGGAGUAAAUGACAUGUUUGAACCUCGUCCAUGGAAUUUGGAUGAAUAUACCAAAGAUUGCGUAAAACAAUAUUCAGUAAAACCACAACCAAAUCUAGUGUGCGAACAAUACGGAUGUAAAGACCUAUCUACCGCAACAAAUAUUAUUUUCAGCAAUGGUUUAAUGGACCCGUGGUCUAGUGGGGGAGUAUUACGAAACUUAUCAUCUUCAGCAGUAGCUGUGAUAAUACCAGAAAGUGCACAUCAUCUUGAUUUGAGAAGCAGCGAUGCCAAUGAUCCGUACAGUGUUGUUUUAGCACGGAAAUAUCAUCGCUUUUUUAUUAGGAAAUGGAUUGAAGAAUAUCGAGAUAAAGACAAAAGUUAUUAACUAAACGUUUAUAUUAUAUUUAAGAAUCUUUCCUAAAGAAAGAUAGGAAACUUUAA